AUGGCAGAAGUCAUGCAUCCUCAAGAUGUCGAGGCCGCCUGGUCAUGGGAGCAAUCCGAAAACGACAAACGGCUGAAAUGGCUCGACGAGUUCCACCGUGCCAAAAUGUCCGAGGCCGACGCAAGCAUGGCCAAGCACCGCGUCUUUCACACCGACGCCAUGAAGGAAGCCGACGAGCGCCUGGCCGCCGCCGAGGACCGGAUCAAGCAACACCGCAUCUGGCACGCAGAGGCCAUGAAGGAGGCCGAUGAGCGCCUCAACGCUCCCGACGACAGUAUGAAGAAGCACCGCGUGUUUCACGCCGAGGCGAUGAAGGAAGCAGACGAGAGACUCGCUGCCGCCGAGGAUAGCAUCCGCGAACACCGAAAAUUCCAUGCUCAAGCUAUGAAAGAAGCUGACGAAAGGCUUGCCAUGGCUGACGACAGCAUGGUUGAGCACCGCAAAUUCCACGAGCGCGCCAUGAAGGAAGCAGACGAUAGGUUAGCGGCCGCGGAGGAGAGUCUGGUAGAACAUAGGAAGUUCCACGAACUGGCAAUGAAAGAGGCGGAUGAACGACUGGCUGCAGCAGAUGACAGUAUGGUUGAACACAGAAAGUUUCACGAAAAGGCAAUGCGGGAAGCUGAGGAGCGUCUUGCCGAUGCAGGGAAUAGCAUGGUGGAACAUCGCAAAUUCCACGAGGCCGCCAUGAAAGAAGCUGAUGAAAGAUUGGCUCGUGGCGGGUGA